AUGUCCGAGUGGGGACUGUCAGGUGUGCUGAGCGGCAGAUGUGUAGCCUCGCGUGUAGGCCUGUCAGAGGCCUCGGUGCAUUAUAACACAUGCAGCACGCAGGACGACGGCCAUGUACUGUAUCACUGCCAUACCCCAUGGUCUUGCCAUGUUGAUUCGCCAAGGUGCAAAUAUCCAGAGCGUAAGCACGGUAAGCAGACGCUCCGGGGGCACAUGAAGCGGCAGCCAGGUUGUCCCGCAGUCCCUGUCUCUUCACCCAAUCUCCACACGGCAGCGCGCUAUGGGCGUAGGGCUACUCGUGUGAGGCGGGAGGCCUUGAACUUUGCUAGCGUGGCCGCUCGCGCAAAGCUUGGGAGCACGACCACCAAGCUUUUCAGCCUUCCAAGGCACAAGGCAAAUGAGUCGCGCCGAAGCACCAUGGGCGUGCACUCUGGCCGCGGAUUGACACUGGUUCACUGGUCCACUCGCGAAUUGAAACCCGUGGAGCAGGUCAAGAUAUGCGGGACAUGUUGGUUGCGAGCUGGCGCGUACAGUCCCAGGCGUCGGUAUGCGUGCGAGGAUGCCGUGUGGCUCCAGAUGGUGUGGGUAGCAUGGGUUGGAUGCAUGUGGCUGGAAGCGAUUGCAAGGGCGAGAUUUGGCUGCACUUCAGUCACGGCCCGCGCAAUCACUGUGACCUAA